AUGCACGCGACCGUCUCGAGCAGUCAGCGUGGAGGCAGUCCCGUGACGGAGGACGAGGGGGCCAUGUCGCCGGCCUCGGACAGUGACGUCCGUGACGUGCAGCUGCUGCAUCGAGCCGCGCAGACCGGAGACGUCCGCCAGAUCCGUCAGCUCGUGCAGAAGACCGCACGCGCCCGUGCACCUUGCGGCGGCAUUGACAGCAGUAGUUGCAGUAGCAGCAAAAGCAUCAAACACUCGUCUUUGUCUCCUCCGCCGCUGUCUCUGUCGGCCUCGUGGCUCGACGCAGCCGACCAAGACGGCUUCACAGCGCUCCAUCUCGCGUGCGUCGGAGCCCACGAUGCCGCAGUGCAGGAGCUGCUGCAGGCGGGAGCGCACUUGGAAAGCGCGACGCCCGAGGGGUUCACGGCGCUCAUGUUUGCCGCCUGGGUCGGCUCGCUCACGCUCGUGCAGACGCUCGUGUCACAGGGAGCAGACGUGCGCGCGCGGGACGUCGACGGCAACGACGCGGCGUUCAUUGCCGAGACGAACGGACACGCGAGCGCGGCCCACUUCCUCCAGAAACAGCUCCAACACGCCCCGGACCAUUGGCCGCACAAUGGCCGUCGGCCGUCCCAAUUGUCGUCGCCGUUGUCGCCCUGUGCUUGGAACAAGAGCCGACCGGAGCCGACUGUCCAGUCCGAGUCGCAUGCCCGCGCGUCAGUCGCGUCUGUCGUGGCCAGUGACUCGGGCGUUUCCACGGGCAGCGACGGCAGCGCCAUCGACAGCGACGGCAGCCGCUCGUCCACGUGGUCGCGGCCGGACUCACUCGCUGGGCAGCCGCUUCGCGCGACGGAGGACGCGGUCGUGCCCAGCGACCCGAAGAACGGCGCCACUCCACUGCACGUUGCAGCGAGACACGGACAGCUCGAGACGGUCCAAGUGCUCGUCGCGCGCGGCGCGAAGCUGUCGGCUGUGCUGCCCAACGGGGCAACCGCACUGCACUUGGCGUCAGCGUGCGGCUCUGUGCCAGUGGCCGCGUACCUGGUCGACCAGGGCCUGCGCGUCGACGACUGCACCGUCGCGGGCUCGACUCCGCUGCAUGAAGCGGCAUACCAGGGACACGUCGACGUUGCUGCACUGCUUCUCGACCGCGGGGCCGACGUCGAUGCGGCCACUGAGCGCGGCACGACUGCAUUGCACCGCGCAGCUGAGAAGGGCCAUGUGCACAUGGCAGAGCUACUGAUUGCUCGUGGCGCGCACGUGGACGCAGUGACGAGGGAGUACCUCGCGGCAAGCGGCGGUCGUUCGAAGACUGCAGCGGACGGCGCUCGUCGACGACAGGGCGGCCGAAGACGCAGGAAAGUCGCUGCGGUGGCAAUGGACGGUAGCGAUGGACAUGCUGAAGCGUCUUCAGUCGAGCAUCGGACAUUGGAGGAGCUGGAGAACGAGGCCUCGAGCUGCCGGUCGGACCUCGUGGCGCUGUGUCUUGCAGCGACGAACGGCCACGUGGACAUGGUGCAGUACUUGCUGACGCGGUCGCCGACGGAUCUCGCGGCCCUCGGGCCAUCCCGACACCCCAUUACGCUCGCAGCGCGACAGGGCCACGUGGAGAUUGUGCGGCUGCUACUCGUGCAUGACGAGUGCGCCGCGAGUUUGCCCGAUGCAGCGUCGCGUGUGCUGUGCUGUGCCGCAGAGCGCGGUUACCUGCAGAUGGUCGAGCACGCGCUUGCUCGCGGAGCAGCCAUUGAGGCGCUCGAUGGGAAAACGCUGGCGACUCCGUUGGUGCUCGCGGCUCGAAACGGGCACUUGUCGGUUGUGCUGCACCUGCUGUGGUGCGGGGCAAAGGUCGACGCUGCGACGCGAACGUCGGGCUACACGGCGCUGCACUACGCGGCCAAGUACGGCCACGUGACUGUGGCCAACAGCUUACUCCUGAACGGCGCAGACGUCGACGCCGUGUGCACACGGCGCCGUAUGUCGCCGCUGCACUUGGCAGCCGAGUCAGGUCACGGCGAUGUGGUGCGUUGCUUGCUGUCCUUCAAUGCCAACGUGGACGUCGGCAAGCGUCCGGCCGCGAUGACGGCGCUGCACAUUGCGGCUGAGCGCGGCCACGCAGGGGUUGCGCGUGAACUGGUGCGGCACGGGGCCCACCUCGAAGCACCGACGCGCAACGAUCUGCGCGCGCUCUUCAUCGCCGCACACUGCGGUCAUGCGGACGUUGUGGAGCUGUUGCUGGAUCACGGGGCCGAGCUCGAAGCGACGUCAGGCGCGAACAAGACGACGCCUCUGCGGGGAGCCGUGGCGAAAGGACGGGCGGAUGUGGUGGAGCUGCUGCUGGCGCGUGGCGCGGACGUUCACGCGAGGCAGUCUACGGAUGGAACCACAGUGCUGCACAGCGCGGCUGCGAACGGGUUGGGCGAUAUCCUGAAGCUGCUCGUGGCGGCAGGCGCUGAUCCUGACUGCGUGGACCACGAAGGCCGCACGCCGAUGGACUAUGCGGCUUCGGACCCCAUUCGUCUGCAGCUUCGUCUCGCAUUGCUCAAGGCGCACUGGCAAAGGCAGGACAGGUGA